AUGGCGACAGUUCGACUCACGCCCGACGUGCUGUCCUACACAGCAGUGAUCCGGGCUGCGGCAGCGACCGGGCAGGUGGAAGAGGCGCUGCGGUGGCGCGACCGCGCGCUCGCCUCCGGGGUGCCCUCCGACGUCGCCCUGCACAACGCGGCCAUCGGCGCCUGCGCGAGAGCGCGCCGCCUCGACCUGGCGCUCCACGCGCUCGGCGCCAUGCGGGGUGCGCGCCUGGGCCCCACGCUGGUCUCGUACACCAGCGCGCUGUCGGCGUGCAGCGGGCAGCCCGGGGGCGCCGAGGCCGCCGAGGCGCUGCUGCGCGACAUGGGCGCGGGCGCGCUGCGGCUCGACGCCCUGGCGCUGGGUGCCGCCAGCCGCGCGAUCGGCCGCGGGCGAGCGGAAGCAGGCAUUCGGCGGCCUCCAGCUCCGAGCUGA